GCCAAAUUUAUGAGUGGCCGCCCGAGUCACGUGACCCUAUUUAAGCCUUCCAUAUUUGGCAAGCGCGCAUAGGGUAAAGAAAGAGCUAUCUCCCCCUAUAAAUUGUGCACGUUGGAGGACAAAACCCCUCAACUUCAAAGAGUCACAAAUCACCCUUAAUCAAAAAGGGCGCAGAAAAAAAAAAACAUUUUUUCCUCCUCCUGCGAGACAUGAGUUCCUACGUAGCCAAUUCAUUCUAUAAGCAAAGUUCUAAUAUUCCUGCAUAUAACGCUCAAACUUAUGGUAACUAUGGAUCGGUAGCCGACGCGCCUUCUUCCAGGUAUUGUUACGGGAGGCUGGAUCUGAGUCUGACUUUCCCAGCGCCUGCUCCUUCCGGCUCUGCCCACGGGCUGGACAUGGCGACCACGGCCAGACCUGCCCCCGAGCGCCCCGCCUGUACCGCGGGCUCAUCACUGCCCGGGGAGGACCCGGCUCCGCUCGGCGCGGGGAUGUACAGACGGAAGGUAGACAGCCCGCCGUUGGAAGAGCCAGCCCCCAGCUCUGGGGGGAUCAAGGAGGAGCAGAGUCCCGCGCUCCAAGCAGGAGGGACCCCCCAGCCGCCUACCCAACCACAAAUCUAUCCAUGGAUGACCAAACUUCAUAUAAGCCACGAAACCGACGGGAAACGUUCGCGCACCAGCUACACCCGCUACCAGACCCUGGAACUGGAGAAGGAGUUUCACUUCAACCGCUACCUGACCCGGCGGCGCCGCAUCGAGAUCGCCAACAAUUUGUGCCUCAACGAGAGGCAGAUCAAGAUAUGGUUCCAGAACCGGCGGAUGAAGUGGAAGAAGGACUCGAAAUUAAAGAGCAAAGAUUCUCUCUAAAGAGCGGGAGGGGAUGGGAAA